AUGAGUACUGCUGUGGACGCCGCCUUCUUCCGCUAUACGAAUCGGUUCAUAACCCACUGGCGGCAAAUUUUUGCUCAUGUCCUCGAGUCUGGCACAGCCAAGCAGCACACUACCGUGGACCUCCCCGCUAUCUAUCAGUUCUUGGAGCUUCAGGACCGUCCGCUCCAGAUGUUGCUCGAAGGUCAUAGCCAUUCCUUGGCUGACGGCUCAUUCACCUGGUUCGAGCCCCAUUUGACCACUUUUGCCAUGGGACGGCGCAGCAUGAUGAUGAUCCGGGGUAAUCCGGGCUGUGGAAAGAGUGCCUUGGCUCAGUGGACCGUUGAAAGACUGCAAGCGUCCUCGGAGUAUGAUAUCUGGAAUGUCAUACCUAUCGUCAUUCGGUCGGACGUCCCAAUCUCGACAUUGACGCUCAGUAUCCUCAAAGGAAUUCUGAUCCAGAUGCUUGAUCAUUGCGUGAGCAGCCGUAAGACCCAGGACGCCAUCCUCGCGGCUGUCACCGGUGCUAUGGAAAUGGCCACAUCCGGCGCUUCCGAUCCCCAGGUGGAAGGUCAGCUGUGGGCAGCCAUCAGGACCGCAAUCCAGUCCAACCUCCACUUCAUGCUAGUGGUCGAUGGGUUCGAUCAAAUGAAACAUGCGGAGACCACUGUCAGCGCGUUCCUCGGCUUGCUUCAGGAUACUGUCGCGAAUACCCCAUCGAAACUGAUCAUCUUCAGCCGACCAAUGUCGACUGACCUGCUCCCUAUUCGGGAGACAAUUAAUACGCACCAGAUUGCAAUGAACACAGCCACGACUCACCAGGAUCUCCAAGAAGCUGUGACAGAUAUUAUGUUGUCAGACUCCUCUUUCUCGGGGCUAGAGCCAUCCCAGCGGGAAUCCCUGACUACGUCUAUCGUCAACCGCUCCCAAGGAUGUUUCGUGUGGGCACAGCUUGCCGCUGAGGCAGUGCGCCACCAGACCACAUACAAUGAAAUGACAACAGCUGUUCACAGAAUGCCCAACACGUUAGGUGACCUUAUUGACUACCACCUGCGCAAUAUCAACCUCAACCGUCUUGGUACGCAAAGCCUACUUGCUUGGUUAGUCGCCAGUGAGCGGCCAUUGCGCAUUCCAGAGGUUGAGCAGCUGUUGUCUGUUGACCUGAAGACGCUCAAGGUUUCAGCUCGUCCACCGAAUGUGGAGCGUGAUGUCUUCCAGCCUCUUGGGCGGCUGAUCUCCGUGCGUGAUGGCUUCGUUUCUUUCCGCCAUCCCAUGGUCCGUGAGCACCUCCAGGCUAGAGCCCAGAUGCGCCAGGAACUUCCAUUCUCUUUGGCAGACGCACACUACGAUCUUUUGAUCCGCUGCCUGGCCUGGGUGCGUCGCUCGGUAUCCGACGAGAUCUCUGUCUCUUGGGACAAAAUGAGUGUUGAGGUCCGUGACCGCUACCUGGACGCCUAUGUGCUUCUUGAAUAUACUGCCCGGUACUGGCUUGCCCACAUGCUAUCUUCUCCGAUGGCCUCCUCCGACCGCGAGCUCUCAUUCCCAACCGCCUUCCGGCGCUCUCUACCUGACACUGUGUUAUUCGCACAGCUGGAGCUCACCAAUCGUGAGUCGCAAUUCAGUCGGUCAAGCAUUGUUGAAUUGUAUCGACUGUCAGUUGGGGUCCGCCGUGUCGUGCUAGGAAGUGACUCUCCGGCAGUCCUACAAAGCCUGAUCCUUAGUGCUCGGGCGUCUGAGAAGGCGCGUACAUCCUGGGCCAAUGAUCACCUCUACCAGGCUUGGACGGUGAGCCGAAGUCAGCUUGGAACUAGCAGCAAAAUUACCCAGGAGCUGGAGCAGAUGCUUGUGUCCUCGCCGGCCGCCGGUCGCCUGACUGGUGGAGGAAGCAAGUCUGUCACAUUGAGGGAAAUGACAAUGACCGGUUGGGGCAAGUCCGACAUUAGCUUCCCCCAGCGGCUUCAGUAUCUUGAUCGACUUGUCAACAUGUAUCAAGAGAAUAACCAGAAUGAUGAGGCAUAUAAAGUUUCCAAGGACUUUUACCGCCAGACUGUGAAGACCUACGGUGCUCACUCGUCGGAGACCAUGCAAGCCGCUGAAUUCCUUACGAAACACUUCGACAUCGCACCUCCCGACGAGCUAGCUUUGGAAUUGGCCAGCAACAAGUAUGAGAACAUGCUUCGCUCCAUGGAUGCAACCGACCCGCGCCGGGUGGCUUACUCACUCUAUCUGGCUCAACUGUAUGAGCAAAAUGGUCAAGUGUCCAAAUCCGAGACCGUGCUGUCCCGACUCUGGACAGGACUGUCGGCUCGCGAGGCUGAUUCUAAAACUUCCUGGGAUCAGAAGACCAAGGUUGCUUUCUACUACUCGCAGUUCCUGCGUCGUCAGGGUCAAUCCGACCGGGCCACGUCCAUCCUCCGUGAACUCUCGGCCGACUUGGAAGCAGAGGGCGGCGUCAAAUCUCCGGAAAUGCUAAAGCGGGCGGAGGAGCUGCGGGGCGAAGCGCGCGAAAUGAAUCUGACCGAUAUGGACCGCGCACUCGCGUUGGAGAUGUGGAAGUACUACCAGUCAUCUGGUCAAGUGUACUCUUCUCAGGCAGUGUCAUUGGCCGAGUCACUUACCGAGGGUAUGAUUCCCAGUCAGGAUGCCACCACGACUGAAACCGAAUACAUUAUGUCGGGAUUAUCUCCCGAAGACCAGGAGCUUCUACCCGGCUGGAUAGACAGCCUGGCCUCUGCAGACUAUUCCUGGGCUGUGCUUAAGCAUGCCUGGCCUGAUGUCGAGGAUGCCCAAACGAGGGCCAAAUUCUCGUCAGAUCUUUCCCCACUGAUGUCCAGUCUUGCCCUCGACUACGCCUACUGUAUCUUCCGUCGCUUGGAUGUUAAGAGAGCCACCAUUGUCUACGGCAAUGCGUUUAAGGCUUCGAUCACCGCGGACCAAGUUGCUGUGCCAGCCGUCACUACAGUGACGAAGACAGUGGUCGAGUUCUACGAGACCACAUUCCAGUUUGACAAGGCGUUGAUCCUCCUGCGACAAGUGAGCGAGUUCUUUGCCUCGCGUUUAGGUGCGCAUGACAAGCAUACGCUGGACAGCCGCUAUUAUGAGGCCGACCUCGCUUUGCGUCUGGACCGGCGUACCGAGGCAGAAGAGAGCUAUCGUCAUAUCUACAAGGCUUGUGUCCGUGAAGGCAGGAUCUCUUCUUCCGGUGUUCGCGCGGCUGUGGCUCUAGCAAACCUUUACGAGCAGGACAAGAAAUGGGAUGCUGCACUCGAUGUCUAUCGACACUUGUGGCCCACACUGGUGCACUUUGAUGAAAAGGACGGCUAUGACCGUGCUUUGCAGGAAGGAUUGCUUCCCAAGACUUAUUCUGGGUACAUGGCAAUUCUUGAGAGCACAUCUGGUCAAGCGGGCUAUGAGGAGCGUUACCAAGUCGCAUCCCAGCACCAGCAGCUGUGUCGUAAGCUGUAUGGACCGACCAGUCACCGUACUCGGGACGCAACCAUGUAUCUCGCAGCGCUCUGCGCUAGCAGCGACCGGCAUAGUAGCGAGGCUAUUGACUUGUACCGACAGGUGCUCAAGACCAGCGACUGGGUGUCUUCCACGGAGGCGUCACGCUCUCUGCCUGACAUGACACAGCCGCUGCCCAUGGACAUCAAGCAUCGCAUGGCCCAGCUUCAUUUGCGCAACAAGGAUACGUCGCAACAAGCUCGUGCGUUGUAUCUCGAAGAGCUGGCACUCUCCAAGCAGCAACAAGGCCUUUCCGCGCCCACCACGCUCAUGUGGUUACGUGAGAUUGCUCGCAUGUACUCUCUACAAGAUAACAUCGAAUCUCGUCGGAGAGGUGCCGAUCUGCUGAAUGAACACGUCGACGAGGUCGUCCACGUUACUGCCAACCAUGACGCUCUGGUGUAUCGUGCCCGCCGUCUGGCAGAGAUUUACCUGGAGUGUGGAUACAACACCGAGGGCUGGGCGCUUAUCGACAGUUUGCACCAGCAGGUCAUUCACGACACCCCCGCGGCACAGCGGAAGAAUCUCGAGGAGUACCGACCGGCUUUAUUCGUGGCAUCUUUCGAAGAGGUCUUUGGCCGAACACGCACCUCGCGCCAGAUCCUGGACGACCUGUCUAGCGAAGGCGAGGUGUACAGCGUCUUCCAGCAGAGCCUGGCUGGGCAUGAUCUCAUGCCCACCCUUGCAGCCGGCGAGAGAUUGCAUCGCUUGCAGACGGACCAGAAGCGCAGCGCAGCCGCGCAGGGCACACAAAAUAAGCUGUACGAUUUCUUCUGCAACACGCUUUCUGUUUCUCAGCAAGCCCGGAAGAAGGAUGCCGUGUAUCAGUUCUAUUCCUUGUGCCGGCGCGAGUCAUUGCAUGAUGACUACAAUCUCAAUAUUAUCACCCAAACCACCAGCAUGGUCCGGGAUCUAUGCAACCAGUCGAGAUUCCAGGAAGCCACUGAUGUGACUAGUGUCUUCCAUUCCUUCGUCCAUCUGACCGAUGGACUCCGCUCGACGGAGAGCAUCUUCACCGCGAUCAAGCUGUGCUUGUACCUCUGCGGCUACCAGGUGAACAAGUGCACUGAGACUACCACGGCGAACGCAAUGUCCCUGGAGUCGAAGACACUUCUCCAGGAGGUCAUGAACAAUGCACGGGAUGUCCCGAUGGAGUUCUCGGAACUUCCAUUUGAGGAGCUCAACGAUCUGGUGACAGUGCUGGGAGAACACGAGAUGUUCGAAGACCUCGAGGCUAUUCUCACCGAUCUCUGGACCUCUCGGAUUGUUCAAAAGACCUGGACGCUGCCCGCAGUUGUCUGGAUUGGCCGGCGUCUGGUAGAGACUCGGUUCUGCCGAGGCCAUGUCACGGCCGCCACGACGCUGGGCAAGGACAUUUGCUACAACCUGCGCCAGGUCUGGGGCAACUCCGACCCCGUCACUCUCGAAAUGAACAAGCUGCUCUCCGGACUGUACACGGCGUCCGGAAACAACCUUGCUGCGGCUGCUCUGCAUGAGACAGCCCUGGCAGAGCUGCUGAACGACGAGACCGAGGACCAGUCAGCCGCUGUCAACGCAGUCACUCAACACCUGGAGCUCUUGCAGCGGGCACAGUCUCGUCUGGCCAAGGAAGGACAGAGUGCGGCGAUCGACGCGACGGCGGCUCAGGAACGCGUGCAGCAGAUCGCAACCAAGUUUGGCCUGUCAUCGGCCAAGCUGGAGCAGCCUUCCACGGCGGACGAUUCACUGGGCAUGUGGGAGCGUCCCCGGCGGUUCAGCUUGGAUGUUGGAGAGGCAGAAAAGCACUCGAACCAUCUGCGUCAAUCUAGCGGGUCUGCGUUGCUGACGGGCAAUGCGGGAGCCAAGCGGCUUUCGAUUACUGCUCUGUAA